AUGGUGGCGAUAACCGAUGACGAAUGGGCCGACUUCGUCGCUCACGAGCUCCCUAACGUAUCCGACCCUGUCAUACAAAAGUACCUUGAGAGCCGUCGCGCCCUGAUAGCCGAACAACAAAAGCGUCGAAGCGUCCACCUCAAAGAGCUGCUGACCACGGGACAGACUAUUCCUUCCGCAAGAGCGCUCAAAUCGUGGAGAAUCAUCAGGCGCAUGCCCAAAGGCGCACUGCUCCGCACACACUGCUGUUCCCUGGCAGAUAUCGACCACCUCAUCGAGACUGCUCUUGAAAUUCCAGGAGUGAGCAUCUCGUGCCCAACCAGCCAUCUCGCCACUGUCGCGGCCAGGAAGGAGACAGGGUUAUGCAUCCGAUUCAGGGGCAUGGAGGACCCUGACGACUGCUCACUCUGGGCUCACGACUACACGCCGGGCACGUUCAUGUCCUUGACCAAGGCAGCCGGCAGUUACCCCGAAGGAGGCAGACAGGGAUUCGUGGAGUGGUUGAAAGGGAGGUGCAGGAUGUCUGGGCCAUCCUCCGGCGACUCCGACUUGACGGGCCUCAUGCUCUUCUAUGAGCCCAUCUGGCGAGCAUUCCUCCAGCGGUUGAUGACCAACCUGGUCGAAGAAGGCAUCGCUUGGCUGGAGCUGCGGCUCACAUUCCCGUUAGUCUAUUACCGUGAGGGAUCGGAAGUACCGGAACCCGACUACGACCACAUGUUCCAGACGGUUGGAGAGGAGGUGGCCAGAUUCCAGGCCACCGACCCAGGCAGACGGUUUUGGGGCCUACGCGUGAUAUGGUCGACGAUGCGCAACCAGGAUCCACGGUUGAUCAUCGAGAGCGCCGACGACUGCAUCGCAACCAAGCUUGUGUGGCCGCAUCUCGUGGCCGGGUACGAUCUCGCUGACUCCGAAGACCUGGGCAGGCCGCUAGCGGACCUCCUCCCGGAGCUAUUUUGGUUUCGCAAACAGUGCGCCGUCGAAAAGGUGCAGAUCCCCUUUUUCCUCCGUGCGGGAGGAUGUCGUGGUAAUUACGACACACACGCCACCGGAGAAGGCGACAUCGUCGACGCCCUCCUCCUGGGAGCGCGGCGAAUUGGGCACGCCACGUCUCUCCACAGACACCCCCGCCUCGUCGAAGCCGUCCGCGACAGACGCAUCCUGGUAGAAGUCCGCCCGGUAUCCGAGAAAGGGCGCGAUCCGUCAGCGGACGUGGCCAUGCAUCACGGUCUCCGGGCCCUGCUGGCACAGGGCGUGCCGUGCGCCCUAUGCGACGAUGAUUCCGGAAUCCUGCCCAGACUGAAUCGGAACGUUGGCUCACGAAUGACGGACAUCUUCUGGCAGGUACUCCACGCUUGGGAGGAAAGCGACCUAGCCACGCUGGGAUCACUGGCUGAGAAUAGUGUGCGUUGGGCCGCCUUUGAGGAUCAGGACUUACAGAUCUGGUACGCUGACGAAAAUAAACUUGUUCAAGGGCAAAAGAUAUCCGGGCAGCAAGCGUGGGGUCGGGGGUGA